AAUAUUGCCAACCACCAACUUCAACUUCAACUUCACUUUGAUCACUCCUGCUACUUCAAUGGCUUCUAAAAACCCUAAUUCCUCUUCAAUGUAUCCUCAACUACUAAUUGACCAAAAUACCCCUUUCCCCUCUUCAACCUCUCGCCAAAACCUUUACCCAAUUAUUGACAUGAACGACCUUGUAGAAAAUCUCUUCCCUCAAAAUGAUCAAACUGCCCCUGAAGAACAGCAUUAUUCACCAUAUGCCCCUCCUGAAAUCCUUGAAGAAACCCUUCUCGUUAUCCCCGGUUCCAUUCUUCACUUGAUUGACAAGCACUAUUCCAUUGAACUCGCCACUGGCGAUUUAUUUCUACAUCGUCUCCGACAAGGGAACAAUAUCGUCGCUCUACUUGUUAGUGUUGGAAAUGAAAUCCAGUGGCUGUUGACUAAGGACCUUACCGCGGUAAAGCUCGAUGAUUCGCAUUACUUUUUCUCAUUUCAAGCUCCCAAAGACGAUGAAUCGGAUACAGAAUCAGUCGGUGAUUCGUUGAAUUAUGGUUUGACGAUUGCUUCCAAGGGACAGGAGAAAUUAUUGAAGGAGCUGGAUGGUAUUUUGGAAAAUUACAGCAAUUUUGCGGUGCAGAAAGUGGAAGAAAAGGCCGCGGUGGGAUUGGGUGGACCGGUGGCGAAGGAGUUGUCACUGGCGGAUUUAAAGUCGGAGAAGAAGAAGGAGGUGUUGGAAGAGCGAUGUGCAGCGUAUUGGACGACAUUGGCGCCCAAUGUGGAGGAGUACAAUGCCAAGGCAGCAAAAUUAGUUGCUUCAGGUUCAGGACACUUAAUAAAGGGGAUUUUGUGGUGCGGAGAUGUUACUGCAGAUGGAUUGAAGAGGGGGAAUGAGGUUCUGAAGAAUAGGUUUAAGACAGGUUCGAAGACUAAGGUCAGUCCUGAGACGUUGAAGAGGAUCAAACGUGUUAAGAGAGUGACAAAAGUGACAGAGAAAAUGGCAGUUGGGGUCCUAUCUGGAGCUGUGAAGGUUUCAGGAUUCUUUACUAGGUCCCUUGCAAAUUCCAAAGCAGGAAAAAAGUUCUUUAGCCUCCUUCCAGGGGAAAUGGUUCUUGCCACUCUUGAUGGAUUUAGCAGAAUAUGUGAUGCGGUUGAAGUAGCUGGAAAGAAUGUGAUGUCUACAUCCGGCACUGUGACAACUGAAUUUGUUUCUCACAGAUAUGGAGAAGAAGCAGCUAAGGCAACCAGUGAAGGGAUUCAUGCUGUAGGGCAUGCUUUUGGGACUGUGUGGGCAAUAAAUGAUGUGAUUUCCCUUAAAGACUUCUUUAGCUCCUCUGAUUAGCUUAACAACUUUGAGCUUAUCUCCUUGAAGCCUUUUGAUACAACCUCUUACUUCAUCAAAAAGAAAAAGAAAGUCUCUGAACCCCAAAAGUGCCUUGAAGCCCACUGCCCUGGCCAAAUCUGCUGCUAAAGCUGCUUCUCCGGUCUCUGCAGCUGAUAAGAAGGCUAAGAAUUUCAAGUCGUCACGUAUAAGUGUGACCUUGUUUGACCUACCAUUGCAGGUAUCAAUGCGCUAUUCCUUUGUACUUGUAAAGCAGUAUGUUGUCGUGAGAAGCUCAAUUUAGCUGUGUCUCUUAUUAGCAAACUGAUGUCAAUGUGGGUGGUGGAGACAAGCAGCUCUUAGCAAUGACCAUUAGAUAUCACAAGAAAACACUCGAGAUAACAGGCAUUGGCUCUGACCUCUUCAUACUAUUUUUGUGUAUGUGUGUGGUAUAUACUAGUGAGAGCACCAACCCACCUUCUGUAAACUGUGAAUAGUUCAAGUUUUCAGUCUUUAUCUUCAAAUUUAUUUUUAUGUGAUACCAACUAGUUAAGAUUAAGAUUUGGUUAUUUGUUAUAUUGAAUUAAAUUAA